UUAGGCGGAUUUUCUGCCCUUCUUCCCGCGCUCUUUYCUUCCCGGUCCUUUGGUCGUAUUUGUAGGCGCGCGACAAACAGCCAGGAGGCUGAGGACCCGGGGUCCAUCUGCGGGAAAGCAUGCCUCAGACUCCUCCCUUUUCAGCAAUGUUUGACAGCAGUGGUUACAACCGAAACCUCUAUCAGUCUGCAGAAGACAGCUGUGGAGGGUUGUAUUACCAUGACAACAACCUCCUCUCUGGGUCUCUGGAAGCACUUAUCCAGCACUUAGUACCUAAUGUGGAUUACUAUCCAGAUAGGACAUACAUAUUUACCUUCCUACUCAGUUCUCGGUUAUUUAUGCAUCCUUAUGAGCUAAUGGCCAAAGUCUGCCACUUAUGUGUUGAGCACCAGAGGCUAAGUGAACCUGAUGGUGAUAAGAACCAGAUGAGAAAAAUUGCACCUAAAAUUCUUCAGCUCUUGACAGAAUGGACGGAAACAUUUCCUUAUGAUUUUCGAGAUGAAAGAAUGAUGAGAAACUUAAAAGAUCUGGCUCACAGAAUAGCCAGUGGUGAGGAGCAGACAUACCGGAAAAAUGUCCAGCAGAUGAUGCAGUGUCUCAUUCGUAAACUUGCUGCCCUCAGCCAGUAUGAGGAAGUUCUGGCAAAAAUCAGCUCGACAUCUACUGAUCGGCUCACAGUUCUCAAGACCAAGCCACAGUCCAUACAGAGGGAUAUCAUUACUGUCUGCAGCGACCCUUACACGUUGGCCCAGCAGCUGACUCACAUAGAGUUGGAGAGGCUUAAUUAUAUCGGGCCAGAAGAAUUUGUUCAGGCAUUUGUGCAGAAGGACCCUUUGGACAAUGACAAGAGUUGCUAUAGUGAUCGGAAGAAAACACGAAACUUAGAAGCUUAUGUGGAAUGGUUUAAUCGCUUGAGCUACUUGGUUGCUACUGAAAUCUGCAUGCCUGUAAAGAAGAAACACCGAGCAAGAAUGAUUGAGUAUUUCAUUGAUGUAGCUCGAGAAUGUUUCAACAUUGGCAACUUUAAUUCCUUGAUGGCAAUAAUCUCUGGCAUGAAUAUGAGCCCAGUCUCUCGACUAAAAAAAACUUGGGCCAAAGUGAAGACUGCAAAGUUUGACAUUCUUGAGCAUCAGAUGGACCCUUCCAGCAAUUUCUAUAAUUAUCGAACAGCUCUUCGCGGGGCAGCACAAAGGUCUUUGACUGCUCAUAGUAGCAGAGAAAAGAUUGUGAUACCAUUCUUCAGUCUCUUAAUCAAAGAUAUUUAUUUCCUCAAUGAGGGCUGUGCCAACCGCCUCCCAAAUGGCCAUGUCAACUUUGAGAAAUUUUGGGAACUGGCCAAACAAGUGAGUGAAUUUAUGACAUGGAAACAAGUGGAGUGUCCAUUUGAGAGGGACCGGAAAAUCCUGCAGUAUCUGCUCACAGUGCCAGUCUUUAGUGAAGAUGCUCUCUACUUGGCAUCUUAUGAGAGUGAAGGACCUGAAAAUCACAUAGAGAAAGACAGAUGGAAGUCUUUAAGGUCCAGCCUCUUAGGCAGAGUUUAACACAUGGAAGCUCCUGCUGCUGUUGCUGCUGCCUCUGCUGCCACUGCUGCUGCUGUCGCCGCCGCUGCUGCUGCAUCAUGCAGAUUUUGGAGGGGCUGGCCUUUGUUUUCUGGCAUCUAGUACUAGGAAAACUCACGAAGACCCCACAGCCCUGAGAGCGCUCUGGUCAGCAAAGCAAGGGAGCUCACUCCAGAGCAGAUGGGAAACUCCAUUCCCACAGCUGACAGAUUGACUCAGAUUCUGUGAGACUGAAAUGUUCRCUGAAGACACUUGAGAAAGAAUUCUCUAAAGAUCCCGGCUCUGCACAUGAUUCAUCUCCUGGAAUUUCCAUGUGAAUCACAGCUCUGCACCUGGACGGAGUUUUCUUUUGUGUGUGUGUGUGUUUUUUAUUUGGUUGAACAUUUGCUGCUAAUGGGACUUACCCAGCUGAGCGCUGGCUGUUAGGAAGCCCAUGUUUCUUUGUUAAUUUAAAUUAAAAAGGGAGAGGAGGGAGGGGGAAAGCCCCCCCCCCCCUUGGUUUUGAUCCCAGACCUCAGCUCAAGCAGUAUUGCCAGAGAAGGGUAAGACUGGUUGGACUGCGGACUUCACUGCCCUUAGCGUGUGCUGUGUUGUAAAUUCCUCUCCUCCCUCUUCCUACAAGGUUUUGAGUUGGCUGCUGGUUAGCAAACUCCUUUUUACCCGUAUAAGUUAUUUAAUAUAAUAAUGAAGCUCAACACUGUGGUAGGAAAAUAGCCACUAGGGGGGAAAAAAAAAGCAGAGUGUGUUGUUGUUGGGCUACUUACCUUGCUAGGACUUUUUGUUUUCUUUGCCCUUCUGAGCUGUUUACAGUUGACCACUGUGUUCCACAGGUGGGAGGGGAAAUUUUUUCAGUAUUUUUUUUUUGUUGUUGUUGUUGAUGCUUAUUUUUUUAUUGUACAUUUAAAUGAUCUGAUUUAAAGGGUCUUAGGAAAACCCAUGGAAUAAUCACAUUCUAAUUUUUUUUUAACAGACUAUGAUUUUUCAUUACCUUUUGGAGUCUGUUGGUGACUAAACAUGUAAACAGAAUAAAUUGGAGAAGUUACCUCCUCCCCCAAGCAGUGAACAAAGCAAAUGAAAAACACCUUGCUGUUAACUCAAUGAUUGAUCUACUUGUGAAAUAGCUCACCUUGGGAAACAUCUAAAUAAUCUGUAGUUGCUCUGCAAACAACCAUUAUAUAUAUAUUUACUCWAGGAGAAACUGUAGAGUAGUACUCUGUGCUAAUGAAAAAGCAAAACACCAUGUUCAAAACAGAUGUAUGAAAAACCUUAGGACAUGGCUUCCAGAAACAGCAUGUAUGCUGCGCAUCAUCUCAGCAGGCCCAA